GAAUGAACCACUUGCUCCUACCUGACUCUGCUCGCGUGUCUCUCUCUCUUCCUUUAUUAAUACCAUUUUUGGUGAAUCUUUUCUUUCUUCCCCAUCUUUCUUUUUCUCUUAAUUAGUAAAAUUUUCUUUCUUCAUGGAGAAGGAGAAGAAGAAGGAGAAGAAUUGUGGUUGUUGGGCUGUUCUUAGACUCAGUAAUGUUAUUGGAGGAUCCUCUGAUUCUAAACACUCUGUUAAUUCAAUUCCAAGAACUAGUCUUGUCUAUGAUGCAGCCACAGAGACUCGGUAUCUCAACGCUAGCAACCGCGAGAUGUGUGUACCAGAUGAAGCAAGAGUGUCAUCUGAUACCCCUACUGAUGCACAAACACAGCUUCCACCAGCUGCAGAGAACAAAGUGCAGCGGCAGCUGCUUCAGUUUACAUUUCACGAGCUAAAAUCUGCAACGGGGAACUUCAGACCGGAUAGCAUUCUUGGUGAAGGUGGAUUUGGAUAUGUAUUCAAAGGCUGGAUAGAGGAAAAUGGGACAGCACCAGCAAAGCCUGGUUCUGGGGUUACGGUUGCUGUCAAGAGCUUGAAACCAGACGGUCUUCAAGGUCAUAGAGAAUGGGUGGCAGAAGUAGACUUCCUUGGACAGCUGCAUCAUCCUAAUCUUGUCAAGUUAAUUGGUUAUUGCAUCGAAGAUGACCAAAGACUUCUUGUUUAUGAGUUUAUGACUCGUGGAAGCCUCGAAAACCAUCUCUUCAGAAGGACGAUACCUCUUCCAUGGUCCAACAGGUUAAAAAUUGCUCUUGGUGCAGCCAAAGGCUUAGCAUUUCUCCACGGAGGCUCUGAACCUGUCAUUUAUAGAGACUUCAAGACAUCUAAUAUCUUACUUGAUUCGGAGUAUAAUGCUAAGCUUUCGGACUUUGGACUUGCUAAAGCUGGUCCUCAGGGUGACAAAACACAUGUUUCUACAAGGGUUGUUGGAACUUAUGGAUAUGCUGCUCCAGAAUAUGUGAUGACAGGACAUUUGACAGCAAAGAGCGACGUUUUCAGUUUUGGAGUGGUGCUGUUGGAGAUUUUAACCGGUAGGAGGUCUAUGGACAAAAAGCGGCCGAGUGGAGAACAAAAUCUUGUAGCAUGGGCAAAGCCAUAUUUAAGUGACAAGAGAAAGUUUUAUCAACUCGUGGACCCUCGUCUGGAGCUAAAUUACUCCCUUAAAGGAGUGCAAAAGAUCUCACAGCUAGCUUACAUUUGCCUAAGCAGGGAUUCUAAAUCUCGUCCUUCCAUGGACGAAAUUGUGAAGGCUCUUACUCCGCUACAAGACCUCAAUGAUCUCGCUAUAUUAUCAAAUCAUUCUCGGUUAACACAAUCAGGAAGACGAAAGAAGAAACUAGACGGAAUGCAACAACUUAGCUUCAAUCAUUCCACGAGUAUCAGAGGCACUCCAUUACACUCUGGUAGGCAACAUUGUAAAUAAUGCAUUCUCCGUUUUCUAUAGUAGGAAAUGAAACCUCCAAACUAGAUUUGGAAAUUGAACAAACAA